AUAAUACAAGCAGAUUGAAUAUGUACACAAGCAAAGCUGAAAAGUAUUAGAAAGUUGAAUGUUAUUGUUUCGACUUGUUUCAUGUGUACCAAAUUGCUGACUUGAUCAUAGCAUCGUUUUUUCGUCUGAAGAAAUAGGCUCAGCUUGCUUCGAAGAUGCACAUACCUGUACCUAAGCCAGAUCCAUAUAAUCGUUUCAUCAAAGGUGCUUCGAAUAUCAUAGCUUUCCAAAAGAGCAAACCAGAUACUCAUUGCCAUAUAGUUUGCACACAAAGUUUCCCAUCCAGUAAGCCAGAUCAGCUGGAGGCAUAUCCAGUAGUAUAGUGGGAUCGGGACUGUUGGUCAGCAGGAGAAAUAAGUCGAGAACAUGCCCAGUCAGUCCAGAUAGCUUUAGAUAGUACCUUCUCCUUUGCAUCAGUUACUGGAUCUACAAACCUCUAAAACUUGCUAUUACGUCUAGCUAGCUAGCUAGCCACCAGCAACUGAUUUAAAAUGUAGCUAGAUCUAGCUGCCACGAGGCUAGAGCUCACGUGACAGCACUAAAUCCUUUAGAACACACCUAGCCAAGUCACGUGUUUUAAUGCUGGUGCACUCGGAUGGCCUCGGCACGCAGAUUAAAACACUUAAUCUUGGCUAGGUGUGUUCUAAAUAAUACAUAAUAGCUGCUGGGUGUUAGUAUCCACAUAUUAAUUUUUUUUGCUGAGAUUUGCACACAAGCCCUUCUCUGGCUGCUUGCAUGCAUGAUCGCACAUCCUCUUGCCCUCUCUGUCUGUGCGCAGGAUGUCCUAAGUGGUGGCCCUUAAUCUCAGUACAACACACCUCUUUUAUGUAUUGUGUAUAAUAUUAUAGGCUGCCUAUAAGAGUUGGUUACUUUUGUCUAUAUAGAGGUGGUUCAGCAGUUAAAUUAAAAAGCUAUACAUACAGCGAGCUAAAAAAAUAGAUAAUCGUGCAGCUUGAUUGAUACAAUCCAACAAAUUAAAGUCAUGACCUAAAUAAUGUAGUCACUGUUUCAAGUACUUCCAAUGUAAAAGCAAUACAACAGGAGAGGAGGUGGAGUUUCACUAGCAGUUGAAGCGGGUACGGGUUAUAUCGGUGCUGUCAUAGGUGCAGCUAGCAGUAGUGAGGAUGGUGGAACUGAGGGACAUAGGCUCGGGAACCAGGUUGCGACUCAGCCAAUGCUCAGCUGAGUGAGGGUUCACUGCAGCUUUGUUUUCACUCACACGACUACUGGUUAUUUCACUUAUACGCUUGUCCAGGUGACAGCGAAGCUCUUCCAGGUGUCCAUAAAGACGGAACUUGGUGCAAGCUUCUCUUAUCUCUGGGACGGUGCAGGAGGGGACAAACGUGUCGCCAGUAGUUUGUCUCACCCAGCUGCAGGUGCUGUUGAGACUCCUCCAGGCAACGUACUGGUUGGCUCUGUAGCCCUCCAGGAGGGGACUGUCUAGGGAGGUGGUCAACACACUGUAGGAGUGGUCAAUGUAGCGAUCGUAUACAUAGCAGAGUGCUUCUUGCUCCAGAUAGAACGUUUCGUCGCAUUCUCCUUUCGGCACUAACACAGGGCCAAAGAAUUGUAUACACUCUGAGAAUUUCCUGGGCAGAAAGUUCCCCUGGCAACUUUCCAACAUAUACAAAUUGUCAUUUAUUGCCUCCAUUUUCUCAACUUCUUCAUCAGUAAAUGAUGAUUGCCUUUUGACAGGGACGGCCUGGCAGUGGAGGAGAUAAAGAGCGAGGAGAAGGAUAAAUGUCUUUAUGAUCGUUGGAGAUGAUAUAGUUAUCGUUGAUUACUGAUUAUCAAUGGUUAAUUGGUGAUGUUUGCAGAAUGUUGUGUGGAGAAUGGCUGAGGACCAGUGCUUAAAUAUGAGUCUCAUCCUUGGGGUAGCUAGGGAACGUAACGUGCCUCACUGCUAUCUCUCCUGGCCGAGAAAUGAUAUAAUGAGAUAUUCAAAUGAGAUUAAUGUUACGUUCAAUUUGUUGUCUUAGUAACACGGACAUCUUAGUAACACGGACAAACAUUUUUGUACUUCCUUCCAGGAUAUGCAGUGGUGCUAUGGCCAGUAUGUGCACUAUAGCCGCAGGUUUUAAGUUAAUGAUAUUCAUUGAUUCUGGAUGUAUUACGUGACUAAGGAAGCCGACAGACUAGACUACAAGAAUUGAUAGCAGUGGUGAACAGCAUAACCGCGGUGAUGGGUAGCUUCGACAACCACUUCCAGGCGUCUCUUCCGAUAGAUUUAUGUGAGCGGUGAUUUGAAUAGCAGUGCCGGCUUUGCUGACAGAUGCGUAUGGCUACAGCCUCAGGGCGUGUCCCCUUGCAUGGCUUCCCUCAACGUUUGUGAGAUCCACGACUUGGCAAACAUUAACCAAUCAGAAUGCAACAGACGAGAAGGCUAUCAAUCUGUUACUUGUGACCAAUGAACAAUGUUUCACCAAACAUAAUUUUGUAGUUAGCCCUAACAUGUAUCAUCAGCCAUUUAAAUUAGUUUUUAUGUAAUGUAUCUUGUCCAAAUUUGCCUAAAGUAACUCAAAUCUUAUUAUAGUAGCUGGCCAUUUGUCUCAGGUGUUUGAGUCACCCACUCAUAACAUGAUUGUGCUUCCGUACUGAUUUCCAUAAAGUGUGGUAUGAGGUCCCUUGCAUUAUCACAUACUGGAAGCUUAAAUCAUUUCCCAAUUUUUGCAUACAACGUGAUCAUUGUCAUGUAUUCAAAAUUGACUUCCAGUUAUAAGCUCUAAAUAAGGAUAGGAUACGAACACAUAGUCCGUGGGUGUUAAUGAGUUAAGGAAUGUGAUUAUAUCUAAUUGGCAUGAUGUUCAUGGAAAGGAUGGAUGCAAGCGCUUCUUGGGGCAUAUUUCUUAAGAAAAUUAACAGUACUAGCCUCGUACAUGUAUGUACAUGCAUAAUGUUGUGGUCAUGAAAUUAUCCGUAUAGGUGUAAUGUGUUUACAUUUUGUCCACCUGUACGCACAUACAGUCAUACUUCACCGAUACUAGUGACUUCAUUUUACUUGUAAUUUACUGCACAUGCUUUGCUCUCGUGAUAUUAGAGAGAUGGCGUUCUGUGCUAUACGUGUUUCCUAUAGCUACCAACUCUUUUGUAUAUAAGGCCCAGCAAACAGAGAACAGUCAUCCAACUAUCCUCACCUCUCCAGCAAUAGAGAAAGAAAUCAAGUUCAAGAUUUACUUCAAAAUUUAUCCGAAUUGACAGCCACUAAACGAAAACAACUAGAGCACUAAAGUGCAAACCCUCGGCUGGUACAUGGUGACAUGAUUAAAAAGAAACCAGAAAUAUAAUGCAGUGCAUAUAGUGAUGUUGUUAUCAUGUAUGACUUGCACAGCAACUCAGGAGCAAUAAAACUAAACCAGACUGGAGGCAUGCUGAAACAUUUUGAGAACAGGUAGUGGUACUACAGAUAUAUGCACUAUGGAUUAGGAUCACAGUAAAGAAGCCUGGAGUCUCAGAGAAGUAUGGCUCCAGGUUCUGCAUGGAGUAGGAUCCCAGUCAGCAGCAGGAGCUAUAAUUCAAGCUUCUACUUUAGUGACCCUGUUCCAUUGUUCCUGGUAUAUAUAGCUUUCUACUUUAGUGACCCUGUUCCAUCGUUUUCUUGGUACAGGAUCACUUCAGUUAUAAGUAACGCAUGUGCAAGUUCUGUUCAAGCUACAUUUUGCUCGCUUUUAUUGGACAAAGGAGCUUUAACACCGAAAGCUGUCACUAUCAAAAGUACUAACUUGUUGUGUGGAGGCUACUCAUGCUGUAAACGCAGUGCUAGAGCAUCCAGGUAAGCAGACCUAGUCACAAGCUUAUUCAAGCUUCUUAGCUUUUGCUCGACAAAGAUUGAAAGAAGCUUUAACAGCAAAAUCUGCCACUAUUUAAAUCAAGAUAUUGUUGUGUGAAGGCUAUCCAUGCUGUAAACGCAGUGAUGUGGCAUCCAGGUGAGUAGAUAUACCUGUGACAAACAAACAAACAAACAGACCAACAGACUACUAUACCCGUGGCCGCCCACGCGCGCCUCGGGUAAUGAAUUACCUUGCAUUGAUUCCUCUCCUCGCUCUUUCUCUCCUUCACGCUGACGCCGUUCCUGUCAAAAGAGAAACAAAUGAUAGACUACAAGAAUUGAUAGCAGUGGUGAACAGCGUAACCGCAGUAAUGGGUAGCCUCGACAACCACUUCCAGGCGUCUCUUCCGAUGGAUUUCAAUUUUACCAGUGGCCAUGAGGUAGUAUGUCACAUGUACGAUCGGUUCUUUCUCGUAGAUGCUCAGUUGAUGCCACGUCCCUCUAAUUACAGUCGCUCCAGUUUCAAAUACAUUGCAGAGCAGAGUGUUGUCCAAUCAUGCGAAUUAGUCCGUUUCCUAGACGACACACUCCUCCCCGAGUGUACUGUUUCUAGGGUCGAGCGAAUGUGUAAUAUCUACAGGAUCGUCAUGGGGAGGAGUGCAGUUGAAAUUGCCGACGUUCACGAUGUCUAUGUAAGCGAUGAUUUAAAUCGCAGUGCCGGCUUUGCUGACAGGUGCGUGUGGCUACAGCCUCAGGGCGUGUCUCCUUGCAUGGCUUCCCUCAACGUUUGUGAGAUCCACGACUUGGCAAACAUUAACCAAUCAGAAUGCAACGGACGUGAAGGCUAUCAGUCUGUUAACUGUGAUGAAUGAAUGAAUGAACAAUACAUUUUGUAGCUUCCCUAACUUGUGUUAUUAUAAUUAUAGCAUGUAAAUAUAAAUAUUGUGUAGACUAGCUAGCCCUAUCUUGUAUAUCAUUAGCCAUGUUGUGUAGCUAGAUCUAAACUACAUGUACGUUAGCCAUGUUAUAGAUUUUUAGUUUUUAUGUAUAAUAGCUAUAUAAUAAUUUGUUUUAUCUUUCCUAAGCUAAAUAAUUAUCUUUAUAGCUCGAAUCUUAUUAUAGUAGCUGGCCAUUUGUCUCAGGUAUUUGAGUCACCCACUCAAAACAUGAUUGUACUUCCAUGCUGGAAAUGGAAGUUCCAUUUCCAUAAAAUUCCCUAAUUACCGGUUUUUCUUAGCAACCAAGUAGCUGAAGCUAUGAAUGUAAUCCACCUUUAAGAAGCCAUUGCAUACUUUCUUAAUUGAGUCAUGAAUAGUGAUAUCCGCUCGUAUUAACCAGCUGUCUGUGUGUGAGGAUAUGACCACAUUCCUUAUAACUUUUUGUUUUUAUAAUUAUUCUGGACGUGUUUAGUUUGCCUAUAUACUGUGCAUGAAUGGGAUUGGUGUCUUUGACUGUCCACAACUUGUGUUAGGAAGACCCAAUUUCACAAUUAAAAGAUGCAUUUAGUAGCCCUUGGAGAGGUCUAUAAGUUAGUAUAUGUUUAGAUUAAAAGUCGUUUGACACUUAUUUUUGACUUGAACAAUAGCCUAUAGUCUAAAAGUCUAGCUAUAUAUGUACAUGCAUGUACUACAUGUAUACAAAGUGUUUGUAUAUACCUAAUCGUGUCAGCGUAUAUGGCACACUGUAUAAAUAUAAAAGUUCUCUCAGUUAAUUGCAAUCGGUUGUAUCCACUUCUUUUCAAUGAUUGCCUGCAUGUGGUAUGUUGGGAUAAAAGUUCUCUCAGUUGCAAUCGAUUAUAUCCACUUUUCACUAUAACCAAAAAUGUUAGACUAAUUGACCUGCAAUGUAUGGACUAGCCUAUAGUGUCACUGUACAGGUGGCUCAGGUGCCAUGGUUACAUAUUGCGGGGGUGUGAGGUCCCUUGCAUUAUCACAUACUGGAAGCUUAAAUCAUUUCCCAAUUUUUGCAUACAACGUGACCAUUGUUAUGUGUAUUCAAAAUUGACUUCCAGUUAUAAGCUCUAAAUAAGGAUAAUACAAUAGGAUACGAACACACGAUCCGUGGGUAUUAAUUGGAAUGUGAUUAUAUCUAAUUGGCAUGAUGUUCAUGGAAAGGAUGGAUGCAAGCGCUUCUUGGGGCAUAUUUCUUAAGAAAAUUAACAGUGCUAGCCUCGUACAUGUAUGUACAUGCAUAAUGUUGUGGUCAUGAAAUUAUCCAUAUAUAGGUGUAAUGUGUUUACAUUUUGUCCACCUGUACGCACAUACAGUCAUACUUCACCGAUACUAGUGACUUCGUUUUACUUGUAAUUUACUGCACGGGCUUUGCGCUCGUGAUAUUAGAGAGAUGGCGUUCUGUGCAAUACGUGUUCCUAUAGCUACCAACUCUCUUGUAUAUAAGGCCCAGCAAAUAGAGAACAGUCAUCCAACCAUCCUCACCUCUCCAGCAAUAGAGAAAGAAAUCAAGUUCAAAAUUUACUUCAAAAUUUAUCCGAAUUGACAGCCACUAAACGAAAACAAUGAAUUACCUUGCAUUGAUUCCUCUCCUCGCUCUUUCUCUCCUUCACGCUGACGCCGUUCCUGUCAAAAGAGAAACAAAUGAUAGACUACAAGAAUUGAUAGCAGUGGUGAACAGCGUAACCGCGGUGAUGGGUAGCCUCGACAACCACUUCCAGGCGACUCUUCCGAUGGAUUUCAAUUUCACCAGUGGCCAUGAGGUAGUAUGUCACAUGUAUGAUCGGUUCCUUCUCGUUGAUGCUCAGUUGACGCCACGUCCCUCUAAUUACAGUCGCUCCAGUCUCAAAUACAUUGCAGAGCAGAGUGUCGUCCAAUCAUGCGAAUUAGUCCGUUUCCUAGACGACACACUCCUCCCCGAGUGUACUGUUUCUAGUGUCGAGCGAAUGUGUAAUAUCUACAGGAUCGUCAUGGGGAGGAGUGCAGUUGAAAUUGCCAACGUUCACGAUGUCUAUGUGAGCCGUGAUUUGAAUCGUAGUGCCGGCUUUGCUGACAAGUGCGUGUGGCUACAGCCUCAAGGCGUAUCCCCUUGCAUGGCUUCCCUCAACGUUUGUGAGAUCCAAGACUUGGCAAACAUUAACCAAUCAGAAUGCAACGGACGAGAAGGCUAUCAGUCUGUUAGUUGUGACCAAUGAACAAUGUUUCACCAAACAUAAUUUUGUAGUUAGCCCUCCAUUUAGUUUUUUAGUUUUUAUGUAAUGUAUAAGUUUUUGUCCUAAAUUUGCCUAAAUUAAUGUAUGCAACUCAAAUCUUAUUAUAGUAGCUGGCCAUCUGUCACAGGUAUUUGAGUCACCCACUCAUAACAUGAUUGUACUUCAAUACUGGAAAUGGAACUUCCAUUUCCAUAAAAUUCCCUGGUCUUCUUAGCAACCAAGUAGGUCAAGCUAUGAAUGCAAUUCACCUUUGAAGCCAUAUUGCAUUAUCCUUUUAAUUAAGUCAUAUCCUUUUAAUUGAGUCAUAUCCACUCGUAUAUUAUGUAUAUAGCUCUAUAAUCUUACUAUAGUAGCUGGCCAUUUGUCUCAGGUAUUUAAGUAGCCCACUCAAAAUGUACUUCCAUUUCCAUAAAAUUCCCUAAUUACCAGUAUUCUUAGCAACCAAGUAGUUCAAGUUAUGAAUGUAAUCCACCUUUGAGAAGCCAUUGCAUAUUUUCUUAAUUGAAUCAUGAAUAGUGAUAUCUGCUCGUAUUAACCAGCUGUCUGUGUGUGACGAUAUGACCACAUUCCUUAUAACUUUUUGUUUUUAUAAUUAUUCUGGAUGUGUUUAGAUUGGGAUUGGUGUCUUUGACUGUCUACAACUUUUGUUAUAGCAAUUUCACAAUUAAAAGAUGCACUUAGUAGCCCUUGGAGAGGUCUACAAGACAGUAUGUUUAGAUUAAGGUCGUUUAACACUUAUUUUGACUUCAACAUUACACGAUAGUCUAGUCUAAAAGUCUAGCUACAUGCAUUAUACGCACAUGCAUGUAUACUACAUGUAUACAAAGUGUUUGUAUACCUAAUUGUGUCAGCGUGUAUACUGUAUAACAUAAAAGUUCUCAGUUAAUUGCAAUCGGUUGUAUCCACUUUUCCGUUCUUGUUAAUCUUUUCAAUGAUUGCCUGUGGGGUGUUGGGGUUGGGGUUCAGCCACUGACAGUUUGCAAUUCGGCCCACCAGCCUUCCCUCCACUCCAAAGGCACGCGCAUAAUCGUCAAACAGCGGUACUACCUCUUCGUGCUUUUCUUGCAGCCGGUAUCGAGCGCAGCUUUGAGAAAUUUGCGAGACGGAACAGCUGCUCACAAAACCACUCGAGCGUGGUUGCACCCAGCGACAUGUCUGGCCAAGCAUCUCUCUUCCGAUGUACUCUUUGCUAGCGAGGUCAGCCAGUUGUUCGCUAAGUUCCCGGGUGAUGCUCUCCCCAUCUGUGUACUUCAGAAUGAAUUCCUCCACAGUAUCACUGCUGUAUUCCGAGUGGUUUCUUAGACCGUCUUGCAGACUGUGGUAAAAGUCACUGUGUCGGUCGUACAUGUAACACAGCACUUUUUGACCAAUGAGGAAGUUUGGAAGGCUGUACGAUGGCCGCAUGGAUUCGCCGUGUGUUAGGAUCAAGGCUCUAUUGACGACCUCCAGGUUGCCGGCUUCUUCAUCUGUAGAGAGUUGUCUCUUUACUGGAGCCGCUUGAACGUGGAGGAGGCAAACGAUGAGGGAAAGAACGAGUGCCGUGUAGUUCAUGAUGAGUUUCUUUAAUCGGUGAAGUUUUUUUUCGAAUUGCUGGAUUUUUAUUGCUGAAGUACUUUCUUUGUUCUUUUUCUUUCUUCUCCUUUGAGAUUUGUUUUUGUUUUGUUGUGAAUGUGUUCCCCCACUGACUUAUAUACAUAGUUUUGCCCCUGUAACUAAGAUCUCUCAGCGCGUCCGCUAGAAAUGUUCUAACCGAUUAGAAUAUUAAGUUUAUUCAUUGUAAGUUGUUGUUUAGAAACCAGGACAAUAAACACAGUUUGUGUGGGUGGUAUGUUAAUGAUCCGAUAUUCAUUAGCCGUUUAAUCGACACACAUGCCAGCACAAUGUAGUUGGUUGUCAAGAAGAGAGGCUUCAUAAGAAUAGAUUGAACAACAAUAUGUUUAUCGCUUUUAAAGUUAGUUGCUUAUUAAAUGAUCCUUGCCCCACAUCAAAGGUAAACUCCGUGGUGAUAUUCAAUGACCUCGUGAUCGAGUGGAACCCCAGAAACAAGACUCUGUUUAUACAGUAGCCCAUAAAUAAGAAAAGGAGCGGCUAACUUCAACGUAUACUCGGGAUCACGUUUCAUAAUUGCCGGUGAAACUGCACUUCCUUUAAUGGAAGCGACUUAAGUGCCUGCAAACUGCAAAUUUGCUGAGAUUUGCGCACAAGCCCUUCUCUGGCUGCUUGCAUGCAUGAUCGAUCGCACAUCCUGUUUGCUGUCUGUGCAGGAUGCCCUAAGUGGUGGCUAUUUUAAUCCUCAAUCUCAAUACAAUACACCUUUUUAUUAUAGGCUGUUGGUUAUUUCAGGUUGGUUGGCAGAAGUUAAAAGUUGAAGUGCACCCAUGCAACCCUAUGACCACAUACCGUGUGUUUAAUGUAAUUAGUGGUCAUGGUUGACUGCACUUCAACUUUUAACUUCUGCCAACCAACUUUAAAUCCUCUGUACCAGCGUAAGCACCAUGCCUGAUUCUAAGUUCUAUCAGGAGUAUACAUGAGGGGAGUGCAUGGGCAACUGCAUGCUGUACAGCCCAUACAAACGUGUUGUUGUCUCACUAGCUCUGUCAUACUAUGUUGUCACAUCUCAAGUGGCUGUAUACAACGGCACUCAAAACAGGUAUUGCGCAAGCAUGCACAUGUGGUAGAAUUUCUGAUCGUAGCCUGCCUUAGCCUUAGCCAUACAUGGUCAUGUCAAACCAUGCACAGUUUACAAGUGUUUGUGACGUAAUGAGACAAUAACAAAUUGAUAUGGUAUGUAUAGUAGUUGCUCCUUCAUGUGCUCCUGGUUCUAUUAAUAGACGAAGAACGCUAAACAAUUAUCCCCCAUGCGUAGUAAAAGAAGAAAAAACAGAACAAAAAGAAAACACUUUAAGUGAACAUUCCAUGCAUUCCUCUAGCCUACGCCUUUUGGUAUUGCAAUAAAUAGAUUCAUUAUCAUCAUUACCUUGGCAACAAAUAGUAUGAUUUAACGAGCGGUCAAUUUCAGCCUAUGUAUAUAUACAUGCAAUUGAUUAUGUACACCGCCCACUGUUUUAGUGGCUCUAUUACCGUGACAACAAUUUGGGACUCUCCUAUAUAAUGUCGGAUAUAUAUACAUAUAUAGUGUGCAUGCCAUGUUAUUAUUUAAAAAGUAAAUACGUUAGAUUUAUGAUAGUGAUAGUGAUUAUGUGUUAGUAUACUUCUUGAGUGUUGUUGUGUUGUGUGUUGUGUUUGUUAAUUGUACGUAUAAUUAUAUUCAUUUUCAGUUAUAUUAUUAUAAUCAUAGAAUUUCAUUUUGUACAGAAAAAGCAAUAUAGGCAGUAUAAAAAUGCAUCAUAAAAAAACAAUUCUAAUAGCAUAAUAUUAGAUGAUAUAAUUAUAUACAUUUGGUGAAGAUUGAUACAAUCCAACACAAGUCAUGACCUAAUAAUGUAGUCAUUGUUUCAAGUACUUCCGAUGUAAAAGCAAUACCACAGGAGAGGAGGUGGAGUUUCACUAGCAGUCGAAGCGGGUACGGGUUAUAUCGGUGCUGUCAUAGGUGCAGCUAGCAGUAGUGAGGAUGGUGGAACUGAGGGACAUAGGCUCGGGAACCAGGUUGCGACUCAGCCAAUGCUCAGCUGAGUGAGGGUUCACUGCAGCUUUGUUUUCACUCACACGACUACUGGUCAUUUCACUUAUACGCUUGUCUAGGUGACAGCGAAGCUCUUCCAGGUGUCCAUAGAGACGAAACUUGGUGCAAGCUUCUCUUAUCUCUGGGACGGUGCAGGAGGGGACAAACGUGUCGCCAGUAAUUUGUCUCACCCAGCUGCAGGUGCUGUUGAGACUCCUCCAGGCAACGUACUGGUUGGCUCUGUAGCCCUCCAGGAGGGGACUGUCUAGGGAGGUGGUCAACACACUGUAGGAGUGGUCAAUGUAGCGAUCGUAUACAUAGCAGAGUGCUUCUUGCUCCAGAUAGAACGUUUCGUCGCAUUCUCCUUUCGGCACUAACACAGGGCCAAAGAAUUGUAUACACUCUGAGAAUUUUCCUGGGCAGAAAGUUCCCCUGGCAACUUUCCUCAUCAUAUACAAAUUGUCAUUUAUUGCCUCCAUUUUCUCAACUUCUUCAUCAGUAAAUGAUGAUUGCCUUUUGACAGGGACGGCCUGGCAGUGGAGGAGAUAAAGAGCAAGGAGAAGGAUAAAUGUCUUCAUGAUCGUUGGAGAUGAUAUAGUUAUCGUUGAUUACUGAUUAUCAAUGGUUAUUGUUGAUGUUUGCAGUUGUAUGGAGAAUGGCUGAGGACCAGUGCUUAAAUAUGAGUCUCAUCCUUGGGGUAGCUAGGGAACGUAACGUGCCUCACUGCUAUCUCUCCUGGCCCAGUUAAUGAGAAAUGAUGUAACGAGAUAUUCAAAUGAGAUUAAUGUCAAGUUCAAUUUGUUGUCUUAGUAACACGGACAAACAUUUUGUACUUCCUUCCAGGAUAUGCAGUGGUGCUAUGGCCAGUAUGUGCACUAUAGCCGCAGGUUUUAAGUUAAUGAUAUUCAUUGAUUCUGCGUAACUAAGGAAGCCGACAGACUAGACUACAAGAAUUGAUAGCAGUGGUGAACAGCAUAACCGCGGUGAUGGGUAGCCUCGACAACCACUUCUAGGCGUCUCUUCUGAUAGAUUAUGUGAGCGAUGAUUUGAAUAGUAGUGCCGGCUUUGCUGACAGAUGCGUAUGGCUACAGCUUUAGGGCGUAUUCCCUUGCAUGGCUUCCCUCAACGUUUGUGAGAUCCACGACUUGGCAAACAUUAACCAAUCAGAAUGCAACAGACGAGAAGGCUAUCAAUCUGUUACUUGUGACCAAUGAACAAUGUUUCACCAAACAUAAUUUUGUAGUUAGCCCUAAUAUGUGUCAUUAGCCAUUUAAAUUAUAGGUUUUUAGUUUUUAUGUAAUAUAUCUUGUCCAAAUUUGCCUAAAUUAAUGUAUGUAACUCAAAUCUUAUUAUACUAGCUGGCUAUUUGUCUCAGGUGUUUGAGUCACCCACUCAUAACAUGAUUGUGCUUCCGUACUGAUUUCCAUAAAGUGUGGUAUGAGGUCCCUUGCAUUAUCACAUACUGGAAGCUUAAAUCAUUUCCCAAUUUUUGCAUACAACGUGACCAUUGUUAUGUAUUCAAAAUUGACUUCCAGUUAUAAGCUCUAAAUAAGGAUAAUCAAUAGGAUAGGAACACACGAUUCGUGGUUGUUAAUUCGCUAAUGAAGUGAUUAUAUCUAAUUGGCAUGAUGUUCAUGGAAAGGAUGGAUGCAAGCGCUUCUUGGGACAUUUUUCUUAAGAAAAUUAACAGUACUAGCCUCGUGCAUGUAUGUACAUGCAUAAUGUUGUGGUCAUGAAAUUAUCCGUAUAGGUGCAAUGUGUUUACAUUUUGUCCACCUGUACGCACAUACAGUCAUACUUCACCAUACUAGUGACUUCGUUUUACUUGUAAUUUACUGCACGUGGUUUGCUCUCGUGAUAUUAGAGAGAUGGCGUUCUGCAUGUGCUAUACGUGUUUCCUAUAGCUACCAACUCUCUCGUAUAUAAGGCCCAGCAAACAGAGAACAGUCAUUCAACCAUCCUCACCUCUCCAGCAAUAGAGAAAGAAAUCAACUUCAAAAUUUACGUCAAAAUUUAUCCGAAUUGACAGCCACUAAACGAAAACAAUGAAUUACCUUGCAUUGAUUCCUCUCCUCGCUCUUUCUCUCCUUCACGCUGACGCCGUUCCUGUCAAAAGAGAAACAAAUGAUAGACUACAAGAAUUGAUAGCAGUGGUGAACAGCGUAACCGCGGUGAUGGGUAGCCUCGACAACCACUUCCAGGCGUCUCUUCCGAUGGAUUUCAAUUUUACUGGUGGCCAUGAGGUAGUAUGUCACAUGUACGAUCAGUUCCUCCUCGUAGAUGCUCAGUUGAUGCCGCGCCCCUCUAAUUACAGUCGCUCCAGUCUCAAAUACAUCGCAGAGCAGAGUGUCGUCCAAUCAUGCGAAUUAGUCCGUUUCCUAGACGACACACUCCUCCCUGAGUGUACUGUUUCUAGUGUCAAGAGAAUGUGCAAUAUCUACAGGAUCGUCAUGGGAAAGAGUGCGAUUGAAAUUGCCGACGUUCACGAUGUUUAUGUGAGUGAUGAUUUGAAUCGCAGUGCCGGCUUUGCUGACAGGUGCGUGUGGCUACAGCCUCAGGCCGUGUCCCCUUGCAUGGCUUCCCUCAACGUUUGUGAGAUCCACGACUUGGCAAACAUUAACCAAUCAGAAUGCAACGGACGUGAAGGCUAUCAGUCUGUUAACUGUGAUGAAUGAAUGAAUGAAUGAAUGCGAAUGAACAAUACAUUUUGUAGCUUUCCCUAACUUGUGUUAUUAUAAUUAUAGCAUGUAAAUAUAAACAUUGUGUAGACUAGCUAGCCCUAUCUUGUAUCAUUAGCCAUGUUGUGUAGCUAGAUUUAAACUACAUGUACGUUAGCCAUGUUAUAGAUUUUUAGUUUUUAUGUAUAAUAGCUAUAUAAUAAUUUGUUUUAUCUUUCCUAAGCUAAAUAAUUAUCUUUAUAGCUCGAAUCUUAUUAUAGUAGCUGGCCAUUUGUCUCAGGUAUUUGAGUCACCCACUCAAAACAUGAUUGUACUUCCAUACUGGAAAUGGAAGUUCCAUUUCCAUAAAAUUCCCUAAUUACCAGUCUUCUUAGCAACCAAGCUAUGAAUGUAAUCCACCUUUAAGAAGCCAUUGCAUAUUUUCUUAAUUGAGUCGUGAAUAGUGAUAUCCAGCUGUCUGUGUGUGAGAGGAUAUGACCACAUUCCUUAUAACUUUUUGUUUUUAUAAUUAUUCUGGACGUGUUUAGUUUGCCUAUAUACUGUGCAUGAAUGGGAUUGGUGUCUUUGACUGUCCACAACUUGUGUUAGGAAGACCCAAUUUCACAAUUAAAAGAUGCAUUUAGUAGCCCUUGGAGAGGUGUAUAUAAGUUAGUAUGUUCAGAUUUAAGGUCGUUUGACACUUAUUUUUGACUUGACCUAUAGUCUAAAAGUCUAGCUACAUAUGUACAUGCAUGUACUACAUGUAUACAAAGUGUUUGUAUAUACCUAAUCGUGUCAGCGUAUAUGGCACACUGUAUAAAGAUAAAAGUUCUCUCAGUUAAUUGCAAUCGGUUGUAUCCACUUUUCCAUUCUUGUUAAUCUGAUUGCCUACAGGUGGUAUGUUGGGAUAAAAGUUCUCUCAGUUGCAAUCGGUUAUAUCUACUUUUCACUAUAACCAAAAAUGUUGGACUAAUUGACCUGCAGUGUAUGGACUAGCCUAUAGUGUACACUGUACAGGUGGCUCAGGUGCCAUGGUUACAUAUUGCGGGGGUGUGAGAUCCCUUGCAUUAUCACAUACUGGAAGCUUAAAUCAUUUCCCAAUUUUUGCAUACAACGUGACCAUUGAUUGUUAAUAUAUAUGUAUUCAAAAUUGACUUCCAGUUAUAAGCUCUAAAUAAGGAUGAUACAAUAGGAUACGAACACACGGUCCGUGGGUGUUAAUUAGCUAAUGAAUGUGAUUAUCUAAUAGGCAUGAUGUUCAUGGAAAGGAUGGAUGCAAGCGCUUCUUAGGGCAUAUUUCUUAAGAAAAUUAAUAGUGCUAGCCUCGUACAUGUAUGUACAUGCAUAAUGUUGUGGUCAUGAAAUUAUCCGUAUAGGUGCAAUGUGUUUACAUUUUGUCCACCUGUACGCACAUACAGUCAUACUUCAUCGAUACUAGUGACUUCGUUUUACUUGUAAUUUACAGCACGUGCUUUGUGCUCGUGAUAUUAGAGAGAUGGCGUUCUGUGCAAUACGUGUUUGCUAUAGCUACCAACUCUUGUAUAUAAGGCCCAGCAAACAGAGAACAGUCAUCCAACCAUCCUCACCUCUCCAGCAAUAGAGAAAGAAAUCAAGUUGAAAAUUUACUUCAAAAUUUAUCCGAAUUGACAACCACUAAACGAAAACAAUGAAUUACCUUGCAUUGAUUCCUCUCCUCGCUCUUUCUCUCCUUCACGCUGACGCCGUUCCUGUCAAAAGAGAAACAAAUAAUAGACUACAAGAAUUGAUAGUAGUGGUGAACAGCGUAACCGCGGUGAUGGGUAGCCUCGACAACCACUUCCAGGCGUCUCUUCCAAUGGAUUUCAAUUUUACCAGUGGCCAUGAGGUAGUAUGUCACAUGUACGAUCGGUUCCUUCUCGUUGAUGCUCAGUUGAUGCCACGCCCCUCUAAUUACAGUCGCUCCAGUCUCAAAUACAUUGCAUAGCAGAGUGUUGUCCAAUCAUGCAAAUUAGUCCGUUUCCUAGACUACACACUCCUCCCCGAGUGUACUGUUUCUAGUGUCGAGCGAAUGUGUAAUAUCUACAGGAUCGUCAUGGGGAGGAGUGCAGUUGAAAUUGCCGACGUUCACGAUGUCUAUGUGAGCGGUGAUUUGAAUCGCAGUGCCGGCUUUGCUGACAGGUGUGUGUGGCUACAGCCUCAGGCCGUGUCCCCUUGCAUGGCUUCCCUCAACGUUUGUGAGAUCCACGACUUGGCAAACAUUAACCAAUCAGAAUGCAACGGACGUGAAGGCUAUCAGUCUGUUAACUGUGAUGAAUGAAUGAAUGAACAAUACAUUUUGUAGCUUCCCUAACUUGUGUUAUUAUAAUUAUAGCAUGUAAAUAUUGUGUAGACUAGACUAGCUAGCCCUAUCUUGUAUCAUUAGCCAUGUUGUGUAGCUACGUUAGCCAUGUUAUAGAUUUUUAGUUUUUAUGUAUAAUACCUAUAUAAUAAUUUGUUUUAUCUUUCCUAAGCUAAAUAAUUAUCUUUAUAGCGCAAAUCUUAUUAUAGUAGCUGGCCAUUUGUCUCAGGUAUUUGAGUCACCCACUUAAAACAUGAUUGUACUUCAAUACUGGAAAUGGAACUUGAAAUGGAAGUUCCAUUUCCAUAAAAUUCCCUAAUUACCAGUCUUCUUAGCAACCAAGUAGUUCAAGCUAUGAAUGUAAUCCACCUUUAAGAAGCCAUUACAUAUUUUCUUAAUUGAGUCAUGAAUAGUGAUAUCCAGCUGUCUGUGUGUGAGGAUAUGACCACAUUCCUUAUAACUUUUUGUUUUUAUAGACGUGUUUAGUUUGCCUAUAUACUGUGCAUGAAUGGGAUUGGUGUCUUUGACUGUCCACAACUUGUGUUAGAAAGACCCAAUUUCACAAUUAAAAGAUGCAUUUAGUAGCCCUUGGAGAGGUCUAUAAGUUAGUAUGUUUAGAUUAAAGGUCGUUUGACACUUAUUUUUGACUUGAACAAUAGCCUAUAGUCUAAAAGUCUAGCUACAUAUGUACAUGCAUGUACUACAUGUAUACAAAGUGUUUGUAUAUACUUAAUCGUGUCAGCGUAUAUGGCACACUGUAUAAAGAUAAAAGUUCUCUGCAAUCGGUUGUAUCCACUUUUCCAUUCUUGUUAAUCUUUUCAAUGAUUGCCUGUGGUAUGUUGGGAUAAAAGUUCUCUCAGUUGCACUCGGUUAUAUCCACUUUUCACUAUAACCAAAAAUGUUAGACUAAUUGACCUGCAGUGUAUGGACUAGCCUAUAGUGUACACUGUACAGGUGGCUCAGGUGCCAUGGUUACAUAUUGCGGGGGUGUGAGGUCCCUUGGCAUUAUCACAUACUGGAAGCUUAAAUCAUUUCCCAAUUUUUGCAUACAACGUGACCAUUGAUUGUUAAUAUAUAUGUAUUCAAAAUUGACUUCCAGUUAUAAGCUCUAAAUAAGGAUAAUACAAUAGGAUACGAAUACACGAUCCGUGGUUGUUAAUUAGUUAAUGAAUGUGAUUACGUAUAUCUAAUUGGCAUGAUGUUCAUGGAAAGGAUGGAUGCAAGCGCUUCUUGGGACAUAUUUCUUAAGAAAAUUAACAGUGCUAGCCUCGUACAUGUAUGUACAUGCAUAAUGUUGUGGUCAUGAAAUUAUCCAUAUAUAGGUGCAAUGUGUUUACAUUUUGUCCACCUGUACCCACAUACAGUCAUACUUCACCGAUACUAGUGACUUCGUUUUACUUGUAAUUUACUGCAUGUGCUUUGCGCUCGUGAUAUUAGAGAGAUGGCGUUCUGUGCAAUACGUGUUUGCUAUAGCUACCAACUCUCUUGUAUAUAAGGCCCAGCAAACAGAGAACAGUCAUCCAACCAUCCUCACCUCUCCAGCAAUAGAGAAAGAAAUCAAGUUCAAAAUUUACUUCAAAAUUUAUUCGAAUUGACAGCCACUACAAUGAAUUACCUUGCAUUGAUUCCUCUUCUCGCUCUUUCUCUCCUUCACGCUGACGCCGUUCCUGUCAAAAGAGAAACAAAUGAUAGACUACAAGAAUUGAUAGCAGUGGUAAACAGCAUAACCGCGGUGAUGGGUAGCCUCGACAACCACUUCCAGGCGUCUCUUCCAAUGGAUUUCAAUUUUACCCGUGGCCAUGAGGUAGUAUGUCACAUGUACGAUCGGUUCCUUCUCAUAGAUGCUCAGUUGAUGCCACGCCCCUCUAAUUACAGUCGCUCCAGUCUCAAAUACAUCGCAGAGCAGAGUGUCGUCCAAUCAUGUAAAUUAGACCGUUUCCUAGACGACACACUCCUCCUCGAGUGUACUGUUUCUAGUGUCGAGCGAAUGUGUAAUAUCUACAGGAUCGUCAUGGGGAGGAGUGCAGUUGAAAUUGCGAUGUCUAUGUGAGCGGUGAUUUGAAUAGCAGUGCCGGCUUUGCUGACAGAUGCGUAUGGCUACAACCUCAGGGCGUGUCCCCUUGCAUGGCUUCCCUCAACGUUUGUGAGAUCCACGACUUGGCAAACAUUAACCAAUCAGAAUGCAACGGACGUGAAGGCUAUCAGUCUGUUAACUGUGAUGAAUGAAUGAAUGAACAAUACAUUUUGUAGCUUCCCUAACUUGUGUUAUUAUAAUUAUAGCAUGUAAAUAUAAACAUUGUGUAGACUAGCUAGCCCUAUCUUGUAUCAUUAGCCAUGUUGUGUAGCUAGAUUUAACCUACAUGUACGUUAGCCAUGUUAUAGAUUUUUAGUUUUAUGUAUAUAUAAUAAUUUGUUAUAUCUUUCCUAAGCUAAAUAAUUAUCUUUAUAGCUCAAAUCUUAUUAUAGUAGCUGGCCAUUUGUCUCAGGUAUUUGAGUCACCCACUCAAAACAUGAUUUUACUUCCAUACUUGAAAUGGAACUUGAAAUAGAAGUUCCAUUUCCAUAAAAUUCCCUAAUUACCAGUCUUCUUAGCAACCAAGUAGUGAAGCUAUGAAUGUAAUCCACCUUUGAGAAGCCAUUGCAUAUUUUCUUAAUUGAGUCAUGAAUAGUGAUAUCCGCUCGUAGUAACCAGCUGUCUGUGUGUGAGGAUAUGCAUGACCACAUUCCUUUGUUUUUCUGGACGUGUUUAGUUUGCCUAUAUUCUGUGCAUGAAUGGGAUUGGUGUCUUUGACUGUCCACAACUUGUGUUAGGAAGACCCAAUUUCACAAUUAAAAGAUGCAUUUAGUAGCCCUUGGAGAGGUGUAUAUAAGUUAGUAUGUUUAGAUUAAAGGUCGUUUGACACUUAUUUUUGACUUGAACAAUAGCCUAUAGUCUAAAAGUCUAACUACAUAAUUAUGUACAUGCAUGUACUACAUGUAUACAAAGUGUUUGUGUAUACCUAAUCGUGUCAGCGUAUAGGGCACACUGUAUAAAGAUAAAAGUUCUCUCAGUUAAUUGCAAUCGGUUGUAUCCACUUUUCCAUUCUUGUUAAUCUUUGGGAUAAAAGUUCUCUCAGUUGCAAUCCGUUAUAUCCACUUUUCACUAUAACCAAAAAUGGUAGACUAAUUGACCUGCAGUGUAUGGACUAGCCUAUAGUGUACACUGUACAGGUGGCUCAGGUGCCAUGGUUACAUAUUCCGGGGGUGUGAGGUCCCUUGCAUUAUCACAUACUGGAAGCUUAAAUCAUUUCCCAAUUUUUGCAUACAACGUGACCAUUGUUAUAUGUAUUCAAAAUUGACUUCCAGUUAUAAGCUCUAAAUAAGGAUAAUACAAUAGGAUACGAAUACACGAUCCGUGGUUGUUAAUGAGUUAAUGAAUGUGAUUAUAUCUAAUUGGCAUGAUGUUCACGGAAAGGAUGGAUGCAAGCGCUUCUUGGGGCAUAUUUCUUAAGAAAAUUAACAGUACUAGCCUCGUACAUGUAUGUACAUGCAUAAUGUUGUGGUCAUGAAAUUAUCCGUAUAGGUGCAAUGUGUUUACAUUUUGUCCACCUGUACGCACAUACAGUCAUACUUCACCGAUACUAGUGACUUCGUUUUACUUGUAAUUUACUGCACGUGCUUUGCUCUCGUGAUAUUAGAGAGAUGGCGUUCUGUGCUAUACGUGUUUCCUAUAGCUACCAACUCUUGUAUAUAAAGCCCAGCAAACAGAGAACAGUCAUCCAACCAUCCUCACCUCUCCAGCAAUAGAGAAAGAAAUCAAGUUCAAAACUUACUUCAAAAUUUAUCCGAAUUGACAGCCACUAAACGAAAACAAUGAAUUACCUUGCAUUGAUUCCUCUCCUCGCUCUUUCUCUCCUUCACGCUGACGCCGUUCCUGUCAAAAGAAAAACAAAUGAUAGACUACAAGAAUUGAUAGCAGUGGUGAACAGCGUAACCGCGGUGAUGGGUAGCCUCGACAACCACUUCCAGGCGUCUCUUCCGAUGGAUUUCAAUUUUACCCGUGGCCAUGAGGUAGUAUGUCACAUGUACGAUCGGCUCCUCCUCGUUGAUGCUCAGUUGAUGCCACGCCCCUCUAAUGACAGUCGCUCCAGUCUCAAAUACAUCGCAGAGCUGAGUGUCGUCCAAUCAUGUGAAUUAGUCCGUUUCCUAGACGACACACUCCUCCCCGAGUGUACUGUUUCUACUGUCAAGAGAAUGUGCAAUAUCUACAGGAUCGUCAUGGGAAAAAGUGCGAUUGAAAUUACCGACGUUCACGAUGUCUAUGUGAGCGGUGAUUUGAAUCGUAGUGCCGGCUUUGCUGACAGGUGCGUGUGGCUACAGCCUCAGGGCGUGCCCCCUUGCAUGACUUCCCUCAACGUUUGUGAGAUCCACGACUUGGCAAACAUUAACCAAUCAGAAUGCAACGGACGUGAAGGCUAUCGGUCUGUUAGUUGUGAUGAAUGAACGAUAAUUAUUACACAUUUUGUAGCUUUCCCUGUCUUGUUAUCAUUAGCCAUGUAAAUAUAUUGUGUAGGAGUUUGUUAGCCAUGUAGGUUUUUAGUUUUUAUGUACACUGUAUAGUUUUAUUUUUAGUUCUAAGCUAAUAUUAUGUAUAUAGCUCUAUAGUCUUAUUAUAGUAGCUGGCCAUUUGUCUCAGGUAUUUAAGUAGCCCACUCAAAAUGUACUUCCAUUUCCAUAAAUUCCUUAAUUACCAGUUUUAGCAACCAAGUAGUUCAAGCUAUGAAUGUAAUCCACCUUUGAGAAGCCAUUGCAUAUUUUCUUAAUUGAGUCAUGAAUAGUGAUAUCCUAACCAGCUGUCUGUGUGUGAGGAUAUGACCACAUUCCUUAUAACUUUUUGUCUUUAUAAUUAUUCUGGAUGUGUUUAGAUUGGGAUUGGUGUCUUUGACUGUCCACAACUUUUGUUAUAGCAAUUUCACAAUUAAAAGAUGCACUUAGUAGCCCUUGGAGAGGUCUACAAGAUAGUAUGUUUAGAUUAAGGUCGUUUAACACUUAUUUUUGACUUCAACAUUACACGAUAGUCUAGUCUAAAAGUCUAGCUACAUGCAUUAUAUGUACAUGCAUGUAUACUACAUGUAUACAAAGUGUUUGUAUACCUAAUUGUGUCAGCGUGUAUACUGUAUAACAUAAAAGUUCUCUCGGUUAAUUGCAAUCGGUUGUAUCCACUUUUCCAUUCUUGUUAAUCUUUUCAAUGAUUGCCUGUGGUAUGUUGGGGUUGGGGUUCAGCCACUGACAGUUUGCAAUUCGGCCCACCAGCCUUCCCUCCACUCCAAAGGCUCGCGCAUAAUCGUCAAACAGCGGUACUACCUCUUCGUGCUUUUCUUGCAGCCGGUAUCGAGCGCAGCUUUGAGAAAUUUGCGAGACGGAACAGCUGCUCACAAAACCACUCGAGCGUGGUUGCACCCAGCGACAUGUCCGGCCAAGCAUCUCUCUUCCGAUGUACUCUUUGCUAGCGAGGUCAGCCAGUUGUUUGCUAAGUUCCCCGGUGAUGUUCUCCCCAUCUGUGUACUUCAGAAUGAAUUCCUCCACAGUAUCACUGCUGUAUUCCAAGUGGCUUCUAAGACGAUCUUGCAGACUGUGGUAAAAGUCACUGUGUCGGUCGUACAUGUAACACAACACUUUUUGACCAAUGAGGAAGUUUGGAAGGCUGUACGAUGGCCGCAUGGAUUCACCGUGUGUUAGGAUCAAGGCUCUGUUGACGACCUCCAGGUUGCCGGCUUCUUCAUCUGUAGAGAGUUGUCUCUUUACUGGAGCCGCUUGAACGUGGAGGAGGCAAACGAUGAGGGAAAGAACAAGUGCCGUGUAGUUCAUGAUGAGUUUCUUUAAUCGGUGAAGUUUUUUUUUCGAAUUGCUGGAUUUUUAUUGCGGAAGUACUUUCUUUGUUCUUUUUCUUUCUUCUCUUUUGAGAUUUGUUUUUAUUUUGUUGUGAAUGUGUUCCCCCACUGACUUAUAUACAUAGUUUUGCCCCUGUAACUAAGAUCUCUCAGCGCGUCUGCUAGGAAUGUUCUAACCGAUUAGAAUAUUAAGUUUAUUCAUUGUAAGUUGUUGUUUAGAAACCAGGACAAUAAACACAGUUUGUGUGGGUGGUAUGUUAAUGAUCCGAUAUUCAUUAGCCGUUUAAUCGACACGCAUGCCAGCACAAUGUAGUUGGUUGUCAAGAAGAGAGGCUUUGUAAGAAUAGAUUGAACAACAAUAUGUUUAUCACUUUUAAAGUUAGUUGCUUAUUAAAUGAUCCUUGCCCCACAUCGAAGGGAAAGUAAUUAAACUCCGUGGUGGUAUUCCAUGAUCUUGUGAUCAAGUGGAACCCCAGAAACAAGACUCUGUUUAUACAGGAGCCCAUAAAUAAGAGAAGGAGCGGCUAACUUCAACGUAUACUCGGGAUCAUAUUUCGUAAUUGCCGGUGAAACUGCACUUCCUUUUAUGGAAGCGGCUUAAGUGCUUGCAAACUGCAAAUUUGCUGAGAUUUGCGCACAAGCCCUUCUCUGGCUGCUUGCAUGCAUGAUCACACAUCCUGUUUCCCUCUCUGUCUGUGCAGGAUGCCCUAAGUGGUGGCUAUUUUAAUCCUCAAUCUCAAUACAACACACCUCUUUAUUAUAGGCUGUUGGUUAUUUCAGGUUGGUUGGCAGAAGUUAAAAGUUGAAGUGCACUCAUGCAACCCCAUGACCACAUACCGUGUGUUUAAUGUAAUUAGUGGUCAUGAUUGACUGCACUUCAACUUUUAACUUCUGCCAACCAACUUGAAAUCCUCUGUACCAGCGUAAGCACCAUGCCUGAUUCUGAGUUCUAUCAGGAGUAUAUACAUGAGGGGAGUGGGCAACUGCAUGCUGUACAGCCCAUACAAACGUGUUGUUGUCUCACUAGCUCUGUCAUACUAUGUUGUGUAACGCCCACAUCUCAAGUGGCUGUAUACAACGGCACUCAAAACAGGUAUUGCGCAAGCAUGCACAUGUGGUAGAAUUUCUGAUCGUAGCCUGCCUUAGCCUUAGCCAUACAUGGUCAUGUCAAACCAUGCACAGUUUACAAGUGUUUGUGACGUAAUAAGACAAUAACAAAUUGAUAUGGUGUGUGUAUAGUAGUUGCUCCUUCAUGUGCUCCUGGUUCUAUUAAUAGACGAAGAACGCUAAACAAUUAUCCCCCAUGCGUAGAAAACAGAACAAAAAGAAAACACUUUAAGUGAACAUUCCAUGCAUUCCUCUAGCCUACGCCUUUUGCUAUUGCAAUAAAUAGAUUCAUUAUCAUCAUUACCUUGGCAACAAAUAGUAUGAUUUAACGAGCGGUCAAUUUCAGCCUAUGUAUAUAUACAACAUGCAAUUGAUUAUGUACACCGCCCACUGUUUUAGUGGCUCUAUUACCGUGACAACAACUUGGGACUCUCCUAUAUAAUGUCGGAUAUAUAUACAUAUAUAGUGUGCAUGCCAUGUUAUUAUUUAAAAAGUAAGUACGUUAGAUUUAUGAUAGUGAUAGUGAUUAUGUGUUAGUAUACUUCUUGAGUGUUGUUGUGUUGUGUGUUGUGUUUGUUAAUUGUACGUAUAAUUAUAUUCAUUUUCAGUUAUAUUAUUAUAAUCAUAGAAUUUCAUUUUGUACAGAAAAAGCAAUAUAGGCAGUAUAAAAAUGCAUCAUAAAAAAACAAUUCUAAUAGCAUAAUAUUAGAUGAUAUAUAUACAUUUGGUGAAGAUUGAUACAAUCCAACACAAGUCAUGACCUAAUAAUGUAGUCACUGUUUCAAGUACUUCCGAUGUAAAAGCAAUACAACAGGAGAGGAGGUGGAGUUUCACUAGCAGUUGAAGCGGGUACGGGUUAUAUCGGUGCUGUCAUAGGUGCAGCUAGCAGUAGUGAGGAUGGUGGAACUGAGGGACAUAGGCUCGGGAACCAGGUUGCGACUCAGCCAAUGCUCAGCUGAGUGAGGGUUCACUGCAGCUUUGUUUUCACUCACACGACUACUAGUCAUUUCACUUAUACGCUUGUCCAGGUGACAGCGAAGCUCUUCCAGGUGUCCAUAGAGACGAAACUUGGUGCAAGUUUCUCUUAUCUCUGGGACGGUGCAGGAGGGGAUAAACGUGUCGCCAGUAGUUUGUCUCACCCAGCUGCAGGUGCUGUUGAGACUCCUCCAGGCAACGUACUGGUUGGCUCUGUAGCCCUCCAGGAGGGGACUGUCUAGGGAGGUGGUCAACACACUGUAGGAAUGGUCAAUGUAGCGAUCGUAUACAUAGCAGAGUGCUUCUUGCUCCAGAUAGAACGUUUCGUCGCAUUCUCCUUUCGGCACUGACACAGGGCCAAAGAAUUGUAUACACUCUGAGAAUUUUCCUGGGCAGAAAGUUCCCCUGGCAACUUUCCUCAUCAUAUACAAAUUGUCAUUUAUUGCCUCCAUUUUCUCAAUUUCUUCAUCAGUAAAUGAUGAUUGCCUUUUGAUGGGGACGGCCUGGCAGUGGAGGAGAUAAAGAGCGAGGAGAAGGAUAAAUGUCUUCAUGAUCGUUGGAGAUGACAUAUAGUUAUCGUUGAUUACUGAUUAUCAAUGGUUAAUUGUUGCUGUUUGCAGUUGUGUGGAGAAUGGCUGAGGGCAAGUGCUUAAAUAUGAGUCUCAUCCUUGGGGUAGCUAGGGAACGUAACGGGCCUCACUGCAAUCUCUCCUGGCCCAGUUAAUGGAGAAAUGAUGUAACGAGAUAUUCAAUGUCAAGUUCAAUUUGUUGUCUUAGUAACACGGACAAACAUUUUUGUACUUCCUUCCAGGAUAUGCAGUGGUGCUAUGGCCAGUAUGUGCACUAUCGCCGCAGGUUUUAAGUUAAUGAUAUUUUACAAGAAUUGAUAGCAGUGGUGAACAGCAUAACCGCGGUGAUGGGUAGUCUCGAUAACCACUUCCAGGCGUCUCUUCCGAUAGAUUUCAAUUUUACCCGUGGCCAUGAGGUAGUAUGUCACAUGUACGAUCGGUUCCUUCUCAUAGAUGCUCAGUUGAUGCCACGCCCCUCUAAUUACAGUCGCUCCAGUCUCAAAUACAUCGCAGAGCAGAGUGUCGUCCAAUCAUGCGAAUUAGUCCGUUUCCUAGACGACACACUCCUCCGUGAGUGCACUGUUCCUACUGUCAAGAGAAUGUGCAAUAUCUACAGGAUCAUCAUGGGGAAAAGUGCGAUUGAAAUUGCCGACAUUCACGAUGUCUAUGUGAGCGGUGAUUUGAAUAGCAGUGCCGGCUUUGCUGACAGAUGCGUGUGGCUACAGCCUCAGGGCGUGCCCCCUUGCAUGGCUUCCCUCAAUGUUUGUGAGAUCCAUGACUUGGCAAACAUUAACCAAUCAGAAUGCAACGGACGUGAAGGCUAUCAGUCUGUUAACUGUGAUGAAUGUAUGAAUGAACAAUACAUUUUGUAGCUUCCCUAACUUGUGUUAUUAUAAUUACAGAAUGUAAAUAUAAAUAUUGUGUAGACUAGCUAGCCCUAUCUUGUAUCAUUAGCCAUGUUGUGUAGCUAGAUCUUAACUACAUGUACGUUAGCCAUGUUAUAGAUUUUUAGUUUAUAUGUAUAAUAGCUAUAUAAUAAUUUGUUUUAUCUUUCCUAAGCUAAAAAUAAUUAUCUUUAUAGCUCAAAUCUUAUUAUAGUAGCUGGCCAUUUGUCUCAGGUAUUUGAGUCACCCACUCAAAACAUGAUUGUACUUCCAUACUGGAAAUGGAAGUUCCAUUUCCAUAAAAUUCCCUAAUUACCGGUUUUUCUUAGCAACCGAGUAGCUGAAGCUAUGAAUGUCUUUAAGAAGCCAUUGCAUAUUUUCUUAAUUGAGUCAUGAAUAAUGAUAUCCGCUCGUAUUAACCAGCUGUCUAUGUGUGAGGAUAUGACCACAUUCCUUAUAACUUUUUGUUUUUAUAAUUAUUCUGGACGUGUUUAGUUUGCCUAUAUACUGUGCAUGAAUGGGAUUGGUGUCUUUGACUGUCCACAACUUGUGUUAGGAAGACCCAAUUUCACAAUUAAAAGAUGCAUUUAGUAGCCCUUGGAGAGGUCUAUAAGUUAGUAUGUUUAGAUUAAAGGUCGUUUGACACUUAUUUUUGACUUGAACAAUAGCCUAUAGUCUAAAAGUCUAGCUAUAUAUGUACAUGCAUGUACUACAUGUAUACAAAGUGUUUGUAUAUACCUAAUCGUGUCAGCGUAUAUGGCACACUGUAUAAAGAUAAAAGUUCUCUCAGUUAAUUGCAAUCGGUUGUAUCUACUUUUCCAUUCUUGUUAAUCUUUUUAAUGAUUGCCUGUGGUAUGUUGGGAUAAAAGUUCUCUCAGUUGCAAUCGUUUAUAUCCACUUUUCACUAUAACCAAAAAUGUUAGACUAAUUGACCUGCAGUGUAUGGACUAGCCUAUAGUGUACACUGUACAGGUGGCUCAGGUGCCAUGGUUACGUAUUGUGGGGGUGUGCGGUACCUUGCAUUAUCACAUACUGGAAGCUUAAAUCAUUUCCCAAUUUUUGCAUACAACAUGACCAUUGUUAUAUGUAUUCAAAAUUGACUUCCAGUUAUAAGCUCUAAAUAAGGAUAAUACAAUAGGAUACGAACACACGGUCUGUGGGUGUUAAUUAGUUAAUGAAUGUGAUUAUAUCUAAUUGGCAUGAUGUUCAUGGAAAGGAUUGAUGCAAGCGCUUCUUGGGGCAUAUUUCUUAAGAAAAUUAACACAACUAGCCUCGUACAUGUAUGUACAUGCAUAAUGUUGUGGUCAUGAAAUUAUCCGUAUAGGUGCAAUAUGUUUACAUUUUGUCCACCUGUACGCACAUACAGUCAUACUUCAUCGAUACUAGUGACUUCGUUUUACUUGUAAUUUACUGCACGGGCUUUGCGCUCAUAAUAUUAGAGAUAUGGCGUUCUGUACAAUACGUGUUUCCUAGCUACCAACUCUCUUGUAUAUAAGGCCCAGCAAACAGAGAGCAGUCAUCCAACCAUCCUCUCCAGCAAUAGAGAAAGAAUUUCAGUUCAGAAUUUACUCCAACCAAACUGACAGCCACUACAAUGAAGUACCUUGCAUUGAUUCCUCUGCUCGCUCUUUAUUUCCUUCACGCCGACGCCGUUCCUGAUGACAGACUACAAGAAUUGAUAGCAGUGGUGAACAGCGUAACCGCGGUGAUGGGUAGCCUCGAUAACCACUUCCAGGCGUCUCUUCCAAUGGAUUUCAAUUUUACUGGUGGCCAUGAGGUAGUAUGUCACAUGUACGAUCGGCUCCUCCUCGUUGAUGCUCAGUUGAUGCCACGCCCCUCUAAUGACAGUUGCUCCAGUCUCAAAUACAUCGCAGAGCAGAGUGUCGUCCAAUCAUGCGAAUUAGUCCGUUUCCUAGACGACACACUCCUCCCCGAGUGUACUGUUUCUAGUGUCAAGAGAAUGUGCAAUAUCUACAGGAUCGUCAUGGGGAAAAGUGCGAUUGAAAUUGCCGACGUUCACGAUGUCUAUGUGAGCGGUGAUUUGAAUCGUAGUGCCGGCUUUGCUGACAGGUGCGUGUGGCUACAGCCUCAGGGCGUGCCCCCUUGCAUGACUUCCCUCAACGUUUGUGAGAUCCACGACUUGGCAAACAUUAACCAAUCAGAAUGCAACGGACGUGAAGGCUAUCGGUCUGUUAGUUGUGAUGAAUGAACGAUAAUUAUUACACAUUUUGUAGCUUUCCCUGUCUUGUUAUCAUUAGCCAUGUAAAUAUAUUGUGUAGGAGUUUGUUAGCCAUGUAGGUUUUUAGUUUUUAUAUAUAGUUUUAUUUUUAGUUCUAAGCUGAUAUUAUGUAUAUAGCUUAUUAUAGUAACUGGCCAUUUGUCUCAGGUAUUUAAGUAGCCCACUCAAAAUGUACUUCCAUUUCCAUAAAAUUCCCUAAUUACCAGUCUUCUUAGCAACCAAGUAGUUCAAGCUAUGAAUGUAAUCCACCUUUGAGAAGCCAUUGCAUAUUUUCUUAAUUGAGUCAUGAAUAGUGAUAUCCUAACCAGCUGUCUGUGUGUGAGGAUAUGACCACAUUCCUUAUAACUUUUUGUUUUUAUAAUUAUUCUGGAUGUGUUUAGAUUGGGAUUGGUGUCUUUGACUGUCCACAACUUUUGUUAUAGCAAUUUCACAAUUAAAAGAUGCACUUAGUAGCCCUUGGAGAGGUCUACAAGAUAGUAUGUUUAGAUGAAGGUCGUUUAACACUUAUUUUGACUUCAACAUUACACGAUAGUCUAGUCUAAAAGUCUAACUACAUGCAUUAUAUGCACAUGCAUAUAAUACUACAUGUAUACAAAGUGUUUGUAUACCUAAUUGUGUCAGCGUGUAUACUGUAUAACAUAAAAGUUCUCAGUUAAUUGCAAUCGGUUGUAUCCACUUUUCCAUUCUUGUUAAUCUUUUCAAUGAUUGCCUGUGGUAUGUUGGGGUUGGGGUUCAGCCACUGACAGUUUGCAAUUCGGCCCACCAGCCUCCCCUCCACUCCAAAGGCUCGGGAAUAAUUGUCAAACAGCGGUACUACCUCUUCGUGCUUUUCUUGCAGCCGGUAUCGAGCGCAGCUUUGAGAAAUUUGCGAGACGGAACAGCUGCUCACAAAACCACUUGAGCGUGGUUGCACCCAGCGACAUGUCCGGCCAAGUAUCUCUCUUCCGAUGUACUCUUUGCUAGCGAGGUCAGCCAGUUGUUCGCUAAGUUCCCCGGUGAUGCUCUCCCCAUCUGUGUACUUCAGAAUGAAUUCCUCCACAGUAUCACUGCUGUAUUCCGAGUGGCUUCUAAGACCGUCUUGCAGACUGUGGUAGAAGUCACUGUGUCGGUCGUACAUGUAACACAGCACUUUUUGACCAAUGAGGAAGUUUGGAAGGCUGUACGAUGGCCGCAUGGAUUCGCCGUGUGUUAGGAUCAAGGCUCUGUUAACGACCUCCAGGUUGCCGGCUUCUUCAUCUGUAGAGAGUUGUCUCUUUACUGGAGCCGCUUGAACGUGGAGGAGGCAAACGAUGAGGGAAAGAACGAGUGCCAUGUAGUUCAUGAUGAGUUUCUUUAAUCGGUGAAGUUUUUUUUCGAAUUGUUGGAUUUUUAUUGUUGGAUUUUUAUUGCGGAAGUACUUUCUUUGUUCUUUUCUUUCUUCUCCUUUGAGAUUUGUUUUUGUUUUGUUGUGAAUGUGUUCCCCCACUGACUUAUAUACAUAGUUUUGCCCCUGUAACUAAGAUCUCUCAGCGCGUCUGCUAGGAAUGUUCUAACCGAUUAGAAUAUUAAGUUUAUUCAUUGUAAGUUGUCGUCUUAGAAACCAGGAUAAUAAACACAGUUUGUGUGGGUGGUAUGUUAAUGAUCCGAUAUUCAUUAGCCGUUUAAUCGACACGCAUGCCAGCACAAUGUAGUUGGUUGUCAAGAAGAGAGGCUUUGUAAGAAUAGAUUGAACAACAAUAUGUUUAUCACUUUUAAAGUUAGUUGCUUAUUAAAUGAUCCUUGGCCCACAUCGAAGGGAAAGUAAUUAAACUCCGUGGUGAUAUUCAAUGACCUCGUGAUCGAGUGGAACCCCAGAAACAAGACUCUGUUUAUACAGGAGCCCAUAAAUAAGAGAAGGAGCGGCUAACUUCAACGUAUACUCAGGAUCAUGUUUCGUAAUUGCCGGUGAAACUGCACUUCCUUUUAUGGAAGCGGCUUAAGUGCUUGCAAACUGCAAAUUUGCUGAUAUUUGCGCACAAGCCCUUCUCUGGCUGCUUGCAUGCAUGAUCGCACAUCCUGUUGCCCUCUCUGUCUGUGCAGGAUGCCCUAAGUGGUGGCUAUUUUAAUCCUCAAUCUCAAUACAACACACCUCUUUAGUAUAGGCUGUUGGUUAUUUUGUUAGUACAGUGCACCAUGCACCAUCACUCACCACCUACAGAGAAUUUCAGGUUGGUUGGCAGAAGUUAAAAGUUGAAAUGCACUCAUGCAACCCCAUGACCACAUACCGUGUGUGUUUAAUGUAAUUAGUGGUCAUGGUUGACUGCACUUCAACUUUUAACUUCUGCCAACCAACUUGAAAUCCUCUGUACCAGUGUAAGCACCAUGCCUGAUUCUGAGUUCUAUCAGGAGUAUACAUGAGGGGAGUGGGCAACUGCAUGCUGUACAGCCCUUACAAACGUGUUGUUGUCUCACUAGCUCUGUCAAACUAUGUUGUGUAACGCCCACAUCUCAAGUGGCUGUAUACGACGGCACUGAAAACAGGUAUUGCGCAAGCAUGCACAUGUGGUAGAAUUUCUGAUCGUAGCCUGCCUUAGCCUUAGCCAUACAUGGUCAUGUCAAACCAUGCACAGUUUACAAGUGUUUGUGACGUAAUGAGACAAUAACAAAUUGAUAUGGUGUGUAUAGUAGUUGCUCCUUCAUGUGCUCCUGGUUCUAUUAAUAGACAAAGAACGCUAAAUAAUUAUCCCCCAUGCGUAGUAACGAAGAAAAAACAGAACAAAAAGAAAACACUUUAAGUGAACAUUCCAUGCAUUCCUGUAGCCUACGCCUUUUGCUAUUGCAAUAAAUAGAUUCAUUAUCAUCAUUACCUUGGCAAUAAAUAGUAUGAUUUAACGAGCGGUCAAUUUCAGCCUAUGUAUAUAUACAUGCAAUUGAUUAUGUACACCGCCCACUGUUUUAGUGGCUCUAUUACCGUGACAACAACUUGGGACUCUCCUAUAUAAUGUCGGAUAUAUAUACAUAUAUAGUGUGCAUGCCAUGUUAUUAUUUAAAAAGUAAAUACGUUAGAUUUAUGAUAGUGAUUAUGUGUUAGUAUACUUCUUGAGUGUUGUUGUGUUGUGUGUUGUGUUUGUUAAUUGUACGUAUAAUUAUAUUCAUUUUCAGUUAUAUUAUUAUAAUCAUAGAAUUUCAUUUUGUACAGAAAAAGCAAUAUAGGCAGUAUAAAAAUGCAUCAUAAAAAAAUAAUUCUAAUAGCAUAAUAUUAGAUGAUAUAUAUACAUUUGGUGAAGAUUGAUACAAUCCAACACAAGUCAUGACCUAAUAAUGUAGUCACUGUUUCAAGUACUUCCAAUGUAAAAGCAAUACCACAGGAGAGGAGGUGGAGUUUCACUAGCAGUCGAAGCGGGUACGGGUUAUAUCGGUGCUGUCAUAGGUGCAGCUAGCAGUAGUGAGGAUGGUGGAACUGAGGGACAUAGGCUCGGGAACCAGGUUGCGACUCAGCCAAUGCUCAGCUGAGUGAGGGUUUACUGCAGCUUUGUUUUCACUCACACGACUACUGGUUAUUUCACUUAUACGCUUGUCCAGGUGACAGCGAAGCUCUUCCAGGUGUCCAUAGAGACGGAACUUGGUGCAAGCUUCUCUUAUCUCUGGGACGGUGCAGGAGGGGACAAACGUGUCGCCAGUAGUUUGUCUCACCCAGCUGCAGGUGCUGUUGAGACUCCUCCAGGCAACGUACUGGUUGGCUCUGUAGCCCUCCAGGAGGGGACUGUCUAGGGAGGUGGUCAACACACUGUAGGAGUGGUCAAUGUAGCGAUCGUAUACAUAGCAGAGUGCUUCUUGCUCCAGAUAGAACGUUUCGUCGCAUUCUCCUUUCGGCACUGACACAGGGCCAAAGAAUUGUAUACACUCUGAGAAUUUUCCUGGGCAGAAAGUUCCCCUGGCAACUUUCCUCAUCAUAUACAAAUUGUCAUUUAUUGCCUCCAUUUUCUCAACUUCUUCAUCAGUAAAUAAUGAUUGCCUUUUGACUGGGACGGCCUGGCAGUGGAGGAGAUAAAGAGCGAGGAGAAGAAUAAAUGUCUUCAUGAUUGUUGGAGAUGAUAUAGUUAUCGUUGAUUACUGAUUAUCAAUGGUUAAUUGUUGCUGUUUGCAGUUGUGUGGAGAAUGGCUGAGGGCAAGUGCUUAAAUAUGAGUCUCAUCCCUGGGGUAGCUAGGGAACGUAACAUGCCUCACUACAAUCUCUCCUGGCCCAGUUAAUGAGAAAUUAUGUAAUGGAGAACUCUGAAUAUGAAAAAUUUAAUAUCAGUGUUCAUAAUAUUGCAUCCAGGAUAUCUUAGCAACAAUUCAUUAAAGCCCAGCCUCAGGGUUAGUUCCUGAUCUGGGGGCAGCUUAACUAUGUAAAGAAUCCUUCCAUUCAGAACUUACGGCAAUGGAUUAAUUAAUUGGUGUUGGAAUUUUUAUUAGGAUCACAUUACUCUAAGAAUUUGAAUUUUUAAGUCUGCAGUCUGCUUGCAGUCUUCUAGUGUUUCAAUGUGUACAAUACAUAUAUACUAAGGUUGUUGUUUGAAGCUGUACAUGCAAUUAAUGUCUUGCAUGCAUGUAUACAUAUGUGUAUGUUUGUGCUUGGCUUCAGUAUCAACAUUGUUGUAUUAAUCUCGUUACCGUACAUGCAUGUAUACUGCUCAAUCAGCUUACAUGAACGAUAUUAUUUUUCAUAUUCAGAGUUCUCCAUUACAUAAUUAUGUUCCAGCUGUGCUAGCUCAGUUGUCGUCAGAACAAACCUUCCCUCCUAAUAAUUAUUCCAUUCUGUAUAAUUAUAGCUCCUUUCAAAGAAUCGUUUCCCCAAUAGCCACGUACCCGUAAUUCACCAUUGGGAAAAAUUAUUGCCAAUGGUGAUCCAUGAAAUCAUUAUCAAAAUCUGCACUUUGCCAGCCUUUCAAAAAACAUUUCCCAGUAUAGCCAUGCAUGCACCUAUAACUAAUAUACACACUCAGGUUGUACAUUAAUGUAUAUUCGCUAUAACCAGCCAUGCAUGCAAUUUCGUCACCAUUGGGAAAACUUAAAAAAUUAUUGCUCCUCUGAAAUCACUAUCUAUAAUUAUAUGUGCGUCUAUAGACAAACAGGUUUGGUGAGUUCACAAUUGGGACUAACAAGUGCUGGUUGAAAAAGUCCCCUCUGUGUUUACUCCGUAUCCUAAUUGCAGUGUACUUCAGGUUUUAAAAGGGGUAGUUCUCAUUCUUACUUCUGCAUGGCCUUACAACAUGUAUAGAUUUCACGGACUGAUAAAAUGUAUGGAAUGUUACUUUUAGGCACUAUCUGUAUCAUCUCCAUUUCCAUUUCCCAAAGAACUAUCAAUUAAGAGCAUGUGAUCCAGUUUCCAUGGAGAGCCAGAAAUUUUUAAUCACUUACUGGGAAAUCUCAUGAAUAUCAUUAUUUCUAUUAUUUUUAGUCGGCAUGGUGUUAGCGUACGUAUGUAUAGUAGUCCUCUCCCCCGGCACUUUAAAUGUGCAAAGCCUACCACACACCAUUCUAGAACACUCUAUAAUUAUAGUCUAAUGUUCACAUUCACAUGCAUGGCAUGUUAUUAUCGCUUAUCUAGUGACUUGCCAAAUUAAUGCGUUUUCAAUUACUUACUUGGUAACCUUUGUGGUAUAUACGUAGUUAUUGUAUAUAGGAAAUAACGUAGAAAGUCAAUCAAUGGACUUUCUUUUGAUUAUUGUGUGUGUCCUAUAAACUAACAAUGUGUGAUUUAGAAGAAUAGUGCGUACGUAUAGCAACAGAAGCCCUGCAUAGAUGUUUACCGUACCGUAACAGCUCCUACAAGUGUGCAAACACUUUGCUAAUCAGGGUUGUGUGUGUGUGUGUGGGUGUGGGUGUGGGGGUGGGGUGUGUGUAUUAGCCUCUAUAAGCUACGUUUAGAUCAUGUUUGCCAUAAAUACUGCAAUUUGAUUGGCUAAAGAAAGUGUUCAUCCAACUUAGAAAAUCAUGUACUUAUUUAGAAAAUCAUGUACUUACUUUAGAAAAUCAUGUACUUCACUUAGAAAAUCAUGUAGCAAAGAUUAGAUAAGAACAUUCAAAUCUGAUUGGCUAAAAUACUGACGGUUGCUAUGAUCUAAAAUGCUUAGACACUGUUUAGGAAGUUCCACAUGAUUUAGAAGUCCUCAGGGCUAGUAGAAUCCUCACUGCGUUCGGGAUACUACAACCAGUCCUUUGGACUUCUAAAUCAUGUAUAGAAACUUCCUAUAAACAGUGUCUAUAACUAUUAUAUAUACUGUACUUCUUCUUUCAGUAUUACUUUCUUACUAUAGACAGACUAUAGUCUAUAGUCUGUCGGCUUCCUUAGUUACGUAAUACAUCCAGAAUCAAUGAAUAUCAUUAACUUAAAACCUGCGGCUAUAGUGCACAUACUGGCCAUAGCACCACUGCAUAUCCUGGAAGGAAGUACAAAAUGUUUGUCCGUGUUACUAAGACAACAAAUUGAACUUGACAUUAAUCUCAUUUGAAUAUCUCGUUACAUCAUUUCUCAUUAACUGGGCCAGGAGAGAUAGCAGUGAGGCACGUUACGUUCCCUAGCUACCCCAGGGAUGAGACUCAUAUUUAAGCACUUGCCCUCAGCCAUUCUCCACACAACUGCAAACAUCAACAAUUAACCAUUGAUAAUCAGUAAUCAACGAUAACUAUAUCAUCUCCAACGAUCAUGAAGACAUUUAUCUUUCUCCUCGCUCUUUAUCUCCUCCACUGCCAGGCCGUCCCCGUCAAAAGCCAAUCAUUUACUGAUGAAGAAGUCGAGAAAAUGGAGGCAAUAAAUGACAAUUUGUAUAUGAUGAGGAAAGUUGCCAGGGGAACUUUCUGCCCAGGAAAAUUCUCAGAGUGUAUACAAUUCUUUGGCCCUGUAUCAGUACCGAAAGGAGAAUGCGACGAAACGUUCUAUCUGGAGCAAGAAGCACUCUGCUAUGUAUACGAUCGCUACAUUCACCACUCCUACAGUGUGUUGACCACCCCCCUAGACAGUCCCCUCCUGGAGGGCUACAAAGCCAACCAGUAUGUUGCCUGGAGGAGUCUCAACAGCACCUGCAGCUGGGUGAGACAAACUACUGGCGACACGUUUGUCCCCUCCUGCACCGUCCCAGAGAUAAGAGAAGCUUGCACCAAGUUCCGUCUCUAUGGACACCUGGAAGAGCUUCGCUGUCACCUGGACAAGCGUAUAAGUGAAAUGACCAGUAGUCGUGUGAGUGAAGACAAAGCUGCAGUGAACCCUCACUCAGCUGAGCAUUGGCUGAGUCGCAACCUGGUUCCCGAGCCUAUGUCCCUCAGUUCCACCAUCCUCACAACUGCUAGCUGCACCUAUGACAGCACCGAUAUAACCCAUACCCGCUUCAUCUGCUAGUGAAACUCCACCUCCUCUCCUGUUGUAUUGCUUUUACAUUGGAAGUACUUGAAACAGUGACUACAUUAUUAGGUCAUGACUUUAAUUUGUUAGAUUGUAUCAAUCAAGCUGCACGAUCAUUUAUUUUUUAGCUCGCUGUAUGUAUAGCUUUUUAAUUUUUAACUGCUGAAAAAUGUAUUUUCUUAUCUAAUUAGGCGCAAUUUUUUUUGCUGCAAUGGAAUUCUUCUUCUAAAUCAUUUUAAAGUGUAACUCAAUAGCAUGUUAAUGAAAUUCAUCAACUGGCUGGCUCUCUAUACUGUAUGUAAAGUUGUUGUGGGAGACUAAGUUCUAGAGAAAAUUAAUGUGUAUAGUGUACCGACAAGAAAAGUGUGUGUGUGUGUGUGUGUGUGUGCGUGCGUGCAUGCGUGCGUGCGUGCGUGUGUGUGUGUGUGUGGGUGUGUGCGUGUGCGUGUGUGUGUGUGUGCGUGUGCGCGUGUGCGUGUGUAUGUAAGUUUAUUCAUUGUAAGUUGUUGUUUACAAAUAUAUGCAGUUUGUUUAUGUUGUUGCUUAAUUUUGUGAUGAAUAUCAUACUCUUAUGUAAUCUCAGUCUGACCAUGUGCAUGCACGGACAUUAAAUGUGAUGGACAUGUGCACAUGCAGUGUACAUGCAUGUACGUGUUUUGUGACUGUGUAUGCAUGGCAUUAUGUGGUUCAUAGAUUCAUGAUUAUACUGUGUACAAUAAAUAUUAUUAUGCACAUUUUGUCGUCUUAGAAACCAGGACAAUAAACACAGUUUGUGUGGGUGGUAUGUUAAUGAUCUGAUAUUCAUUAGCCGUUUAAUCGACACGCAUGCCAGCACAAUGUAGUUGAUUGUCAAGAAGAGAGGCUUUGUAAGAAUAGAUUGAACAACAAAUAUGUUUAUCGCUUUUUAAAGUUAGUUGCUUAUUAAAUGAUCCUUGCCCCCCACAUCGAAGGGAAAGUAAUUAAACUCCGUGGUGAUAUUCCAUGAUCUCGUGAUCGAGUGGAGCCCCAGAAACAAGACUCUGUUUAUACAGGAGCCCAUAAAUAAGAAAAGGAGCGGCUAACUUCAACGUAUACUCAGGAUCAUGUUUCAUAAUUGCCGGUGAAACUGCACUUCCUUUUAUGGAAGCGGCUUAAGUGCUUGCAAACUGCAAAUUUGCUGAGAUUUGCGCACAAGCCCUUCUCUGGCUGCUUGCAUGCAUGAUGAUCACACAUCCUGUUGCCCUCUUUGUCUGUGCAGGAUGUCCUUUGCUAAGAUAUCCUGGAUGCAACAUUAUGAACACUGAUAUUAAUUAUAAAUUUUUCAUAUUCAGAGUUCUCUAUUACAUAAUAUCUCAUUAACUGGGCCAGGAGAGAUUGCAGUGAGACAUGUUACAUUCCCUAGCCACCCCAGGGAUGAGACUCAUAUUUAAGCACUUGCCCUCAGCCAUUCUCCACAUAACUGCAAACAUCAACAAUUAACCAUUGAUAAUCAGUAAUCAACGAUAACUAUAUCAUCUCCAACGAUCAUGAAGACAUUUAUCCUUCUCCUCGCUCUUUAUCUCCUCCACUGUCAGGCCGUCCCCGUCAAAAGGCAAUCAUCAUUUACUGAUGAAGAAGUUGAGAAAAUGGAGGCAAUAAAUGACAAUUUGUAUAUGAUGAGGGAAGUUGCCAGGGGAACUUUCUGCCCAGGAAAAUUCUCAGAGUGUAUGCAAUUCUUUGGCCCUGUGUCAGUGCCGAAAGGAGAAUGCGACAAAACGUUCUAUCUGGAGCAAGAAGCACUCUGCUAUGUAUACGAUCGCUACAUUGACCACUCCUACAGUGUGUUGACCACCUCCCUAGACAGUCCCCUCCUGGAGGGCUUCAGAGCCAACCAGUACGUUGCCUGGAGGAGUCUCAACAGCACCUGCAGCUGGGUGAGACAAACUACUGGCGGCACGUUUGUCCCCUCCUGCACCGUCCCAGAGAUAAGAGAAGCUUGCACCAAGUUCCGUCUGUAUGGACACCUGGAAGAGCUUCGCUGUCACCUGGACAAGCGUAUAAGUGAAAUGACCAGUAGUCGUGUGAGUGAAAACAAAGCUGCAGUGAACCCUCACUCAGCUGAGCAUUGGCUGAGUCGCAACCUGGUUCCCGAGCCUAUGUCCUUCAGUUCCACCAUCCUCACUACUGCUAGCUGCACCUAUGACAGCACCGAUAUAACCCGUACCCGCUUCAACUGCUAGUGAAACUCCACCUCCUCUUAUGUAGGCGCAAUUUUUUUUGCUUCAAUGGAAUUCUUCUUCUAAAUCAUUUUAAAGUGUAACUCAAUAGCAUGUUAAUGAAAUUCAUCAACUGGCUGGCUCUCUCUACUGUAUGUAAAACUGUUGUGGGAGACUAAGUUCUAGAGAAAAUUAAUGUGUAUAGUGUACCGGCAAGAAACGUGUGUGUGUGUGUGUGUGUGUGUGUGUG